UCUCCAAACACUAGACGGAGCUGUGGGCACACCAGUCGGCCAGCUCCAGGCUGUCAUGGACCCUGAAGGCCUGGCACUCCUGCUGCCCCCUGCCACUCUAGCCACCUUGGCAGAAAGCUGGCUUCGAGAGGACUGCCCAGGCCUCAACCACAUGGCCUUGGUCACGAGGGCAGCCUCCUCACAGGCGGUGCUGUGGGCCAAGUCCCCCGGAGUGCUGGCUGGGAGGCCCUUCUUUGAUGCCAUCUUUGCCCAAGUCAACUGCCAGGUCUCCUGGUUCCUCCCUGAGGGAUCAAAACUGGUGCCUGUGGCCAAGGUGGCUGAGGUCCGGGGCCCUGCCCACUACCUGCUGCUGGGGGAGCGGGUGGCCCUUAAUAUGUUGGCCCGCUGCAGUGGAGUUGCCAGCGCUGCCGCUGCUGCUGUGGAGACCGCCAGGGGGACCGGCUGGGCCGGGCACGUGGCAGGCACGAGGAAGACGACGCCAGGCUUCCGGCUGGUGGAGAAGUAUGGGCUCCUAGUGGGCGGGGCCGCCUCCCACCGCUACGACUUGGGAGGGCUGGUGAUGGUGAAGGACAACCACGUCGUGGCAGCUGGUGGUGUGGAAAAGGCGGUGAGCGGGGCCCGGCAGGCGGCCGACUUCUCCCUGAAGGUGGAGGUCGAGUGCAGCAGCCUGCAGGAGGCUGCGGAGGCCGCCGAGGCAGGAGCAGACCUCGUCUUGCUGGACAACUUCAGGCCUGAGGAGCUGCACCCCACGGCCGCGGCGCUGAAGGCCCGGUUCCCGAACGUGGGCGUGGAGGCGAGCGGGGGCAUCACGCUGGACAGCCUCCCUCAGUUCUGUGGGCCCCAUAUCGAUGUCAUCUCUUUGGGGAUGCUGACCCAGGCUGCCCCGGCCCUCGAUUUCUCCCUCAAGCUGUUUGCUGAAGGGGCCACUCCAGUGCCCUACGCCCGCCGCUCCUGA